UUACAAACAACAGCAUAGCAAAAUGGCAGAAGAUUAUUCGGCGAAUUUACUCACUUACCGAGCCCAACUCCAACAGGUUGAGGCUGCAUUGACAAACGAUCCUGAAAAUGAAGAACUAACUAAGCUUAAAGCAGAUUUACAGGACGUGAUAGACUUAACAACAGACUUAGUACAAGCAGCACCAGGAUCGAGUGAUCCUCAAGAAGAGGAAACAGUCGAAGCCGCCACUGCUGAGAUCACCAGAUGGAAUGUUGGUGAUAGGUGUGAAGCGAUAUACAGUGUAGAUGGACUUUACUACCAAUGUACAAUAGAUGAGGUUCACAACGACAGCACAGUUACUGUAACAUUUGACGAGUACGAAAAUACAGAAAUAGUUCCUAUUUCCAAGUUAAAACAGACUGAAGAAACAGAGAGCAGUAAUAAGAGGACGAGUGAGGAGGCUGGCUUAAGUAAUUCCAAACCACUAUCAAAGAAAGAGCUUCAGGCCAAGCAGAGAGAAUACAAGAAAAAAAAGACACAAAAGAAGAUUGAUCGUCAAAAACAUAUGGAACAGAAACACGAAGAGCAAAAGAAUAGCUGGCUCAACUUCAGCAGUAAGGCAAUCAAGAGCAAGAAAGGCAUGACAAAGAAGAGUAUCUUUGCUUCACCAGAAAGCACCUCAGGAAAGGUUGGAAUCGGAACGUGUGGCGUCGGUGGUGCCCCCAUGACAAAGUUCGACCGCCCUAAACACAACGUUGUCAGAAAAUAACAGAUGGAUUGACGCUAGCUUGAACUAAAUGCCUUUCAGAACUGUAGAGGAGAAUCACAAUAUUCUUUGUUAUGAUGAGGACUGGUUUAUUUAUUAACGACACUGUGAGUUACCUCACUAGAGAGACACCCAGACUAAGAAAGAAACUUGCUGAAUCAACAAGUAGUUGUGGGUCUGGACUGGUUCCCUGUUGUUACCUGCAAUGACAAGAACCAGCGAUGUCAAUGUAUACAUUGACAUGUGUUUUACAGUAAAUGUACGUCCAUAUAACGAUGUUUUCUAGACUGGUCUCCUGUCCUUACCAGCAAGGAUAAAGACAGGUAUUGGGUCCACAGAACCAGUGAAAUCAUUGGAUACAAGUAUGCGUAUUACAGUUCAUGUACGUCCAUAUAACAAUGUUUUUUAGACUGGUUCCCUGUCCUAACCCGCAAGGAAAAGGAUGGGUAUUGCCUUUACAGAACCAGCGAAAUCAUUGGAUACAAGUAUGUGUAUUACAGUUCAUGUACGUCCAUAUAACAAUGUUUUUUAGACUGGUUCCCUGUCCUAACCCGCAAGGAAAAGGAUGGGUAUUGCCUUUACAGAACCAGCGAAAUCAUUGGAUACUAGUACAGGUAUUACAGUACAUGUGUACAUCCAUAUAAUGAUGUUUUAUAUGUAAACAAGUCUGUAGAAUUUGCCUGCUAAAUGAAUGCGAAAUCAACAGUACAUCUGCACCACGUGACGGUCAAUAUAUUGUCAGUGGCUUGUCUCCAAUUUUGUGGCUAUGGCUUCAAAUGUUGCUGAGGGUGUUGCUAAGGUCAUCCUAGAUACUCCCAACACAUGAUGCUGUGGAAAUCAAGCGGUAGCCGUAGCUGUAGCCGCUAGUUCGGGUAUUGCCUUUAUAGUCAACAAGAGGCUUGAAAUAGUCUGGGCCCUUUGAUGUAUCAUUGGAUUGAUCAUAGCGUGCUACGUAACGGAUACAGGGAAUCUGACUACUAUUGGCCGAUGGACCAGUCCAUUUGAAUUACCACCAGAGGGGUGUUCAUAGAGAAACAGCCGGUGAUAUUUUUUAUCUUGUUUAUGUAAUUGCUUUAUUGUAAUAAUUAAAAUUGUUUGUUGAUGUGUAUCGUAAAGAUUCAAUCUUUUGCACUUGACAAGUUUCAUUGGAAGGUCCUGCGGAAAAUUGAUUUGGUCUUUUCACAUUUGAAUUGCUUACCUGAGGAAACUCCUAGGCACUUUCUGGGUGUAGGAUAGGGAUUAAGGGGUAGGAUUAAGGUAGAUUAUACCCCUAGGGUGACAAGUUCCCAGGAAAAGUUUGAAAUAACAUGGGGUGGCGUUGAGGUUUAAGUUCCCUUGGAAUUACUGGGUUUUAUUUCCCCCUGAAAAUUGGUUAUGUGUUUUGGCUAGGGUCCCUCCCAUUAGCCUUUUUUAAAUAUGGGGGCAGGGCCUUGAAUUUUGUUGUUGAAGCGACACAUCAAAUUCCUCUGAAAUAUGUAUUUAAACUUUGCAAAGGGCACCACAGCAAUUACUCUGUACUCUGAGCAAAAUACAGUGUGCUCCAU